AAAGAGUUUUUAGGCCUAUAGGUAACACAGGCAGGGCUGUUGGUUUAAAAGCCCAAACCCUCAAGACAUCCCGGUUCAUUUGCGCGGCGCAAGAAAGACUCUCACCUCUCUCGACUGAGAAUGGCGUCAAAAUCCCCUCAAUUCUUGCGUUCUUAUGGCUACGAUCUACUCUUAGGAUCAAUAGCUGCUUUUUACGUCUUCGUUGUACCCUACACUAAAGUCGAGGAAAGCUUCAACAUUCAGGCAAUGCACGAUAUUCUUUACCACAGGCAUCGCCUAGAAAAUUAUGAUCAUUUGGAGUUCCCGGGGGUCGUGCCUCGCACUUUCAUUGGAGCGUUGAUUGUCUCGAUUUUGGCGUCGCCAAUUGUGGUGGUAAUCAACUUGCUGCAGUUGUCGAAGAUCUACGCUCUCAUUUCAGUGCGAUUGGUGUUGGGUUGUGUGGUAUUAUCUACACUGAGGUUUUUCCGGAUUCAGGUUAGACAUAAGUUUGGUCAUCAAGUAGAAGCUUUCUUUGUAAUAUUAACAGCACUUCAAUUUCACAUGCUGUUCUAUUGCACACGUGCUCUUCCCAAUAUACUAGCUUUGGCUGUAGUUAACAUGGGAUAUGCAUAUUGGUUCAGAGGGAACUUCUACACAGCAUUAAACUGUCUGGUUUUCGCCACAGUUGUAUUUAGAUGCGAUAUGCUGUUACUUCUUUGCCCUCUUGCUCUGGAGCUUUUGUUGACCAAAUCUAUUUCAUUGUGGGGAGCUAUUAAAUACUGCAUUGGACCUGCGCUUCUGUCCAUAGGUUUUACCAUAAUGGUUGAUUCAAUAAUGUGGAAGAGGAUAUUGUGGCCUGAAUUUGAAGUUUUCUGGUUCAACUCUGUUCUCAAUCGGAGUUCUGAGUGGGGUACACAUUCCUUUCACUGGUAUUUCACUUCAGCUCUCCCCCGGUCAUUGCUUGCUGCAUAUCCUCUUUUUCUGCUUGGGGUUUUGAUUGACAGGAGGGUUCUAAUCUUUGUGCUUCCAGUUUUCUCCUUCAUUUUGCUUUACUCUAAGCUUCCACAUAAGGAACUCCGGUUUAUCAUCAGCUCAGUUCCAAUGCUGAACUUAUCUGCAGCAGUCGCAGCUAACAGAAUCUACAAUAAUAGGAAGAAGACACUGUGGAAAUUUCUGAAUUUAUUUAUGCUGGGAUUAUUUUUUAUCAGUCUAGGUUGCACUAUAGUGUUUUUCUUGGCAUCCUAUGACAAUUAUCCCAGUGGUAAUGCAUUAAAAGAUUUGCACCAGAUUGGCCAUCUUAAUAACACCAAUGAACUGUGGGUUCACAUUGAUACUUUUUCAGCCAUGAAUGGAAUAUCAAGGUUUUGUGAAAAUGAUUCACCAUGGAGGUAUUCCAAAGAAGAGGGGAUUCCUCUGGAAGAAUUUUGCAGGAGGAAUUUUACUUAUCUUGUGAGUGAACAGUUUGUUGUUGAUGGAUUCAAGUGCUUGCAUUAUGUAAGUGGCUUCUCACGGGUUCGUCUUCAAAGUAGUCUUCCACCUAUUAUCCUGGUCAAGGAACCCAAGUUAUAUAUUCAUGGAAAUACAAAAAUCAAGGAUAUAAUGCAAAUAAAUUGGGCAGGGUGCUCUUGAAUCUGUCAGAGGAUGCUUGAUUCUUGUUUCUAUGGGGAACACUGUAGCAUGGCAUGAAUCCUACCUGCACAUUCUCUUGUUCAUGCAAUGCCUGGUCAUGAAUAGGAGUACCUUUCCAGUGGUGGAUGGCUGUGCUUAUCCAGCUUUAAUAGCAAUGCUAACCAUGUUUGAGUUUGAUAGGAUUUGUGUUAAAUAGGAGCGAUGUUGACAAAUACUCCAUUUUUUUUUGUCCUGCAUGAUUUGCUAACCACUUUUUCAAGGCUCUGUCACCUUCAGCUUAGUUUUCUACUCAUCAUCCUGGUCUCCAUUUUUCUUUUCAUUGUGCUUGAGUUUGGCUCAUCUCAUUCCAUAAGCCAGCAAACAGCAUGCCUCCAAGAAAUGUAACAACUUUAUUUCGCUAGAAAUAUUAUAGCAUUGGUGUCAGGAGCAGGUAGUUUUUGCUUGUUAUGAAACUGCCAGAUUUCAGCAA